UCUGCGCUGGCGGCGGCGCUCCCACUUCCCGGCGGCGGGCGCCAAUGAGGCGGCGCGUCCCGGCGGCGGCAGGCUGAGUGGGCGUGUGCGGGGGGCGGGCUGUGGGCGGCGGCAGCAGGUUUGGUUGUGUGUGUGUGUGUGUGUGUGUGUGUGCCAUGGCCGGAGCCCAGUGAGAGUGGCUGACAAUAGGAGCGAGCGAGCCUGAGCGCGACCCCGACACAGCCGGGACCCCUCGCUUCCCAGCCAGCCACCAGCAGAGGAGGCCAUCCGCGCCAGCCGCAGCGCCCCUCGCCGCGCCCGGCCGCCCGCCCUACCGCGGCUCCGCUCAGCUCGGCCCGCGCUCGGCCGCCCCUCCGCAGGCCCCUCCGCAGGGCUCCGCCGGGAAUGUGAGUGAGGCAGCAGCCAUCGCAGGCAGGGGGCCGCGCCGAGCGCACGGGACUGAGCGGAGCCCGAGCAGCUGCCUGCCCCUGAACCCGCCGCCAACGCCGCCCUGCGCUGAGGAGGCCGCCGCCGCCGAGGCCUACAGGCUCCUGCAGCUGCAGGGACAGAGCCCGGCGCGCACAACGCUCCGGCCGCUGCCGCCAAGCCCAGCUCACUCCGCCUUCUCCUCCUCGGCUCCGAAUUCUCUGCCAGGAGGGUCAAGUAGGGAUAUGUCCUCAGCACCAACCACUCCUCCGUCAGUGGAUAAAGUAGACGGAUUUUCUCGGAAGUCCGUCAGAAAAGCCAGACAGAAGAGAUCACAAAGCUCCUCCCAGUUUAGGUCUCAGGGCAAGCCUAUUGAAUUAACUCCUCUGCCUCUUCUAAAAGACGUUCCAUCUUCAGAGCAGCCUGAACUGUUCCUAAAGAAACUUCAGCAGUGCUGUGUAAUUUUUGACUUCAUGGACACACUAUCAGACCUUAAAAUGAAAGAAUACAAGCGCUCCACUCUUAAUGAACUGGUGGACUACAUUACAAUAAGCAGAGGCUGUUUGACAGAGCAGACUUACCCCGAAGUAGUUAGAAUGGUAUCUUGCAAUAUAUUUAGAACUCUCCCUCCCAGUGACAGCAAUGAAUUUGAUCCAGAAGAAGAUGAACCCACCCUUGAGGCAUCAUGGCCACAUUUACAGCUUGUUUAUGAGUUUUUCAUACGAUUUUUGGAAAGCCAAGAAUUCCAACCUAGCAUUGCCAAAAAGUACAUAGAUCAGAAAUUUGUAUUACAGCUUUUGGAGCUGUUUGACAGUGAAGACCCUCGAGAACGAGACUACCUAAAAACGGUCUUACACAGAAUUUACGGCAAAUUUCUUGGUCUUAGAGCAUUUAUCCGAAAACAGAUUAACAAUAUUUUUCUACGGUUUGUUUAUGAAACUGAACACUUCAAUGGUGUAGCUGAACUGCUGGAAAUAUUAGGAAGUAUUAUCAAUGGUUUUGCUUUACCUCUUAAAGCAGAGCAUAAACAGUUUCUGGUGAAGGUGCUGAUUCCUUUACAUACUGUCAGGAGUUUAUCACUCUUCCAUGCACAGCUGGCAUAUUGUAUAGUACAGUUUCUGGAGAAAGAUCCUUCACUCACAGAGCCAGUCAUUAGAGGUUUAAUGAAAUUCUGGCCGAAAACCUGCAGUCAGAAAGAGGUCAUGUUCCUUGGGGAGCUGGAGGAGAUCUUGGAUGUGAUUGAACCUUCACAAUUUGUCAAAAUUCAGGAACCUUUAUUUAAACAAAUUGCCAAGUGUGUUUCUAGUCCUCACUUUCAGGUGGCAGAAAGGGCGCUGUAUUAUUGGAAUAAUGAAUACAUCAUGAGUUUGAUAGAAGAGAACUCCAACGUUAUACUUCCCAUCAUGUUUUCCAGUCUUUAUAGGAUUUCCAAAGAACACUGGAAUCCGGCUAUUGUGGCUUUAGUCUACAAUGUGUUGAAGGCAUUUAUGGAAAUGAACAGCACCAUGUUUGACGAGCUGACAGCCACUUACAAGUCAGAUCGUCAGCGCUUAUCCAAAGCGGCAGGUGAAAAAAAUGAGGAAACUUCGGGAACUCCGGGCAGUUUGCGACUUCGUUUAAGUCGUGCCUUUUGUGUGACUCGGGGUUCCCACAAGCAAAGCGAAGGGUACUGUAUGUCAUCAAACCUUGUUAGUGAGAAGAAGAAAGAGAAGGAACGUGAAGAACUGUGGAAAAAACUGGAGGAUUUGGAGUUAAAGAGAGGUCUUAGACGUGAUGGAAUAAUUCCAACUUAACAAAAGAAACAAAGCAGCAUUAUUAACCUGUGGAGUCACACAUUUAUGUAGUAGAAGAUGGAGCAACAGUUUUCUGUAUUGUGCAACUUUACAGUAGAUUUCACAUUUGUUUCAUUAUUACAACAGCACUGUAUAUAACUGUCUCUAAGUAAAGGAAAAAAUAAGGACUUUUCUCCAAAGUUUGGACAGCAGAUGGACUUCUCAGAACUUUGCAACAUAAUCAUUGUUUUGACCCUUCUUUAAAACCAGUCUUCAAAGAUCUGUUGAUGAAAAUUGCUAUGUCAAAAUUUCAUUGUCAGGACCUGUUCCUUAUUUAUCAUUAGCAGAGAGUAUGAUACAACUUUCAAAUGUGAACAAUCUUAAAUUUAGCUUGCCUUUCUGCUAAACUGUUAAAUGUAUUUAUAGUAAAAGAGAAAAAAGAUUGUCAUUUCCUUUUGAGUUUGUGUAACAUCCUCCUUCUCUGGAUAACUUUACUGUAAUUUGACAUUUUUUUCCCUUUUGCACAUCUUCAUAAUUUGAAUGUCCAUGCAGAUCAGGGCCAUGAAAAAUAUAGGUCCCUAAGGUUUUGUUUACUGGUGUGAGUAUCUUUCCGGUACCAGGCUAGCACUGGUACUCCUUCAAUUUAAACAUUAGGAGUAAAAAUAAAGAGAUGAUAAACGUAGUAGGGAAGGAAAUUUCAGAUUAAUGCAUCAAUUUAUUGUGAAUCCACACUGUCUUGAAUCCUUUGAAAAUGGGCAAUAGUAACACCAUGAACUUCAGUACCUAACCAGUAUUAGUUACAUGUCAUUGGACACACAUACCAGAGCUGUUUUGGUAAUACUUAUGGCUAAAUGAUUACUAUAUACGUUUUAUUGGACCAUUUUGAAAUUAUAACGACAAACGCUAAACAGUACAAGUAUGAAAUUGAUCUCCAGUGGUCAUGGGUCUAAUUGGGAACAGAGCUGAGCAAACAGUUUGGACUGUUUGGAGUUGUUGCCUUACUUUUUAAUAUGUAUUUAUAAAGUAUUCCAGCAAAAGAGGAUGUAGCCUCUAAAAAACAUACUAUAGUGUUUUUGUGACUGUAGUACUAUUACUCAUCACAGCGCCAGCCCUAUGGUUUUAGCUGGAAAGGAUUCUGGAUAAUAUACUUCUGCAUUCUGAAGUGGAUGCUCAUUCCUAACUACUGUAUUUGUUACCAAAAGUGGUUCUACAAAUGCUACUGAAAAAAAUUCUGGAAAUCCUAAUGUCCUGAGUAUUAAUAAUAAAGUUUAAAAUGCUUUUA